AUGGACUACGUCAUGAAACAGCGUAAUAUUUAUAAAAUAAUCACCAAUACACCAAUAGUCUGUCUGUAAUAAAGAUAUGUGAUGCAUCUUGCUAAGGAAAGAUUAUAACAAGAAGCUGUAAAUACACGUAAACAUGUAUUUCCGUAAUUCUACCAGAAUUUGUGUAAUUUUUCUAUAUGUUUUAUUUGUUUAUUUUGCUAGAAUUAAAGCAUUAGAUGAGGGAGCAGAAUGCAAUAUACCAAACGGACAAAACGGCUUGUGCACGCCUAUACCAAAAUGCCAAUUUGUCCUGAAUUUACUUAAACCAAAAUUAUUAUCCAAAGAAACUGUUACUUUUUUACAAGCUUUAAAAUGCGGUAAUGUUGGAAGUACAGUACUUGUUUGUUGUCCAAGUUCAAAUGUAAGGUCACCAACAAAUCCAGACGAGCCUAUUGGUCCUGAGCCUAAUAUAGAUUCUUCUGGGGAAAAACCUUCUGGAUUACUGGCUCCUCCAGAGUGUGGCCUUAGUCCCCUUUCUACACCAAAAAUUGUUGGUGGAAUUAAUGCCCAUUUAGGGGACUUCCCAUGGAUGGUUGCCUUAGGUUUUAAAAAUACGAGAAAUCCACAGCAACCGCGAUGGCUAUGCGGUGGUACGUUGAUCACCAAGAAUCACGUUCUAACAGCAGCUCACUGUGUUCGUGAUGACCUAUAUUUGGCGCGCGUUGGUGAAAUAAAUCUGUACAAAGACGAUGACGGAGCACAUCCUGUGGAUAUUCCAAUUGCGAAAAGGAUUGUUCAUGAAGGUUAUGCGCAAAAUAGGUAUCUUUUCGAUAUCGCAAUACUUGUGUUGUCUAGGAACAUCGAUGGCAUCGAAAAUACUGGUCCAAUAUGUCUUCCUUGGGAAUCAGACUUACGAACUAUGUCAUAUUUAAACCAUCAUUUGUACAUAACUGGAUGGGGUUCAACGAUACAUCGUGGGCCAACCACAGAUGUAUUACAGGUCACAAAUGUACCUAUUAUUGAGAACAGUCGUUGUAAAGAACAAUAUACUGGAUUGAGUGAUAUAAAUGACACAGUUUUAUGUGCUGGUGUUGGGAAAAAAGAUGCUUGUGGUGGGGACUCUGGAGGUCCUUUGAUGUAUGGCAAAAAAACAGAUGAUAAUGAGAUAGGGUUUUAUCUUGUAGGGGUUAUUUCAUAUGGAAGCGGUUGUGCCAAUCCAAACUAUGCUGGCGUGUAUGCCAGAGUGACAUUUUUUAUUGACUGGAUUCGAGAACAUAUCAUUUAGUUUUUUAAUCCUCUGUAAAAUAAUAAAAGAAAAAAAUUAUGACAGUAAUACUAUUGUUAAUUAAAAAAAUAAGUAUCAUUAUUUAUUUCCUAUUGUUACAUACAUUUCAGAAUUAA